CUGGGACGUAGGGAACUUCCUCUUUCUUGUCAUCUAAUAUGGACGUCAUAGGUGAUAGCACAUUUCAUGGAAAGAGGAAAGCACAGGUUCAGACACAGGAUAACACACUGAAGCUGUGUGGCCGGGCGUUUGUGCGAGCAGUGGUGUACACCUGCGGAGGAUCCAGGUGGAGAAGACUGAUGGGAGAAGAGGAGACUUUACAAGACGGUAGCAGGGAGCCAAAACUGAAGACGACAGAUGUGCCAGCAACGUAUCGUCAUUUGCGGGACCAGAGCCAGGCAGUAAUAUCAGCGUGUUGUCAACAAGGCUGUCGAAGGACUGACCUCUCCAUGCUCUGCUAGAGGGGAACAUCCCAAGGGGGUCAUCAUCAUCAGCUGUCAUUCGUUCAUUUAAAAUAAACGCUUCAGAACAUUGUUAAGAUAAUGUGAUUUCAUUUUCCAUGCUACAAAAAAUAAAAAAACAAAAACACCAUGAAUUUUGCUUA